UUGUCGGUACUGCUUUCUGUCCCUUACCAUCUCCUGCCAUCAUCUCCACGCAGAGCUGCCGCGUUCAGGCAGCUCUGCGCAGGCAGCUCUGAGCACUUUGCCCCUUGUUCAACGAAUAAAAGGUGCCUGAGUUAAUACCGGGCACCGUCAUCCCCUGUCAGCUCUACCCCUUAAAUUUCRCCCGGGGAGAUCUGCGCACAGCGGGUGGGCCUGCACAGCCAUCCUGCGUGCAACAGCAUAGUAUUACGAGCGCAGCUCCACCGAUCGCUGAGCCGAAGUCCACCCUCAAUCUCAGCUGUGCCAAAUUCGCUCCGCAGCCUCAGCCCCGGGAGCGUGAUCCCAGCACCCGAGAGCCAGAUGCCCACCCACAGGCUGCAGGAGAUCUCUAGCUCCUAUACCACUACCACCACCAUCACAGCACCUCCCAAGGAGGAGAAGACACUUACAUACCUAGAAGAAGACAUCCGUCCUGAAAUAAAGGAUGACAUAUAUGACCCCAGCUACCAGGAUGCAGAGGGCCCUAGGCCCAAACUUGAGUAUGUCUGGAGAAACAUCAUCCUCAUGUGUCUGCUGCACCUGGGAGCCCUGUAUGGGGUCACACUGGUUCCCACUUCCAAGUUCUACACUUGGCUCUGGGCCUAUGCAUACUAUUUAGUGAGUGCCUUGGGCAUCACAGCAGGAGCUCAUCGCCUGUGGAGCCACCGAAGUUACAAAGCACGGCUGCCCCUGCGGCUCUUCCUGAUCAUUGCCAACACCAUGGCGUUCCAGAAUGAUGUUUAUGAAUGGGCCCGAGAUCACCGCRCCCACCACAAGUUCUCAGAAACAGAUGCCGACCCUCACAACUCCAGACGCGGCUUCUUCUUCUCUCACGUGGGUUGGCUGCUUGUGCGCAAACACCCAGCUAUCAAAGAGAAGGGGGGAUCUCUGGACCUGUCUGACCUAAAAGCUGAGAAGUUGGUGAUGUUCCAGAGGAGGUACUACAAGCCCGCUGUUCUGAUGAUGUGCUUCAUCCUGCCCACACUGGUGCCCUGGUUUUGUUGGGGUGAAACCUUCCUACACAGUUUGUUUAUUGGUACUUUCCUGCGGUACACUGUAGUGGUCAAUGCCACCUGGCUGGUGAACAGUGCUGCCCACCUCUAUGGAAAUCGCCCCUAUGACAAGAACAUUAACUCUGGAGAGAAUGUCCUGGUUUCCCUGGGAGCUGUGGGUGAGGGCUUCCACAACUACCACCACUCCUUUCCCUAUGACUACUCUGCCAGUGAGUAYCGCUGGCACAUCAACUUUACUACAUUCUUCAUUGACUGCAUGGCUGCCCUUGGUCUGGCUUAUGACCGGAAGAAAGURUCCAAGGCUGCCAUCUUGGCCAGGGUUAAAAGAACUGGAGAUGGAAGCUACAAGAGUGCCUGAGUUGUGGGUUGUCCAGAUUUCAUUUCUAAAGCCAUCUGGGCAGAAGUUUAAUGUUCUGUUAAUAACUACUGAAAAGUAUUACCAGAUGCUAAAGUUGAUGACCUUAACUCAUUCCAGUAUUGUAUUCUUUUAAAAUGCAAAAGGUUUGAUAACUUUUUUAGGUAGUGCAUAUUUUAAUCAGUAAGAUAUAAACAUUUCUCAAUACAUAUGCUUCCAAACAUGUUGCACACUAUAAAUACAUACAUUUUUACAUGUCAUUUAAAAAAUUAUUAAUAAAUUCUAAAAAAAUAAAUUCUAA